CAAGCCGUUUGGGCCGCGGGUCUAGCUGGUUCCAGAGUCUCCGCAAACUUAUCCGUUCCCCCCUAUUCUCUGGGGCGUCCCUAGACGCUUCCCCACCCGCCGCCCCGGCCUGACCCUUCCAGUCGGAGCGACCGAGUACGCUCGGGGUUGGGACUGUAAGCGGAUUCCAAUCCAAUCCAAUCCAAUCGACACUGGAUUUUGAAGGAUCAUUCACUCUGCCAGCGAUCCGCCGGGCUCUGGCUACUGCCGUAGACCCGUGGCUUCCCGGACGGUCGCCCGGAGACUCCUCCUCGGUUAACCCACAUUCCCUGGGCUUGGGUCAUGGCCUCACAGGGAAAGGCCUGGCUCAGAAGUUAAUAAUUGGAUCUGAGUCUCGGGAGCUGGUUUGUGAAGCAGCGAACGUGUCGGUCGUGGAUUUUUUUUUUUUUUUUUUUUUGGCCGAUGCCUGUUUUCCUUUGUUGUGUGCUUGGAUUUGCUACCCCGUCUCGUGGGCUCCCAGUAAACAGGUGACGAUAGGGACAAGCCUCUGCCGCCGUACCUGGGAUCAUGUUGAAGCACCUCUUUCAGUCACUCUUAUAAUCGCACCCGGUCGUUGUAACUUCUAGAGCCGUCAGAUCUUUAUCUCCUUCCUUGGCACAGAUGAAUCGGACAAAGGGUGAUGAAGAAGAGUAUUGGAACAGCUCCAAGUUCAAGGCUUUCACCUUUGAUGAUGAAGAUGAUGAGCUCUCACAGUUAAAGGAAUCCAAGAGAGCAGUGAAUAGUCUUCGUGACUUCGUGGAUGAUGAGGAUGACGAUGACCUGGAGAGAGUCAGCUGGAGUGGGGAACCUGUGGGAAGUAUCUCAUGGUCCAUCAAAGAGACUGCUGGAAAUAGUGGGUCAAGCCAGGAGGGGCGUGAACAGCUAAAGAGCCGAAAUAGCUUCUCCACCUAUACACAACUGCCCAAACCUACUUCUACUUACUCCCUGAGCAGCUUUUUUAGAGGGAGAACUAGACCUGGAAGUUUCCAGUCCCUUUCUGAUGCUCUGUCAGAUGCACCUGCCAAAAGCUAUGCUCCAGAGCUGGGCAGACCCAAGGGGGAGUACAGGGAUUACAGCAAUGACUGGAGCCCCAGUGACACAGUGCGACGUCUUCGGAAGGGCAAGGUCUGCUCACUAGAAAGAUUCCGUUCCUUACAGGACAAGCUACAGCUCCUGGAGGAAGCAGUAAGCAUGCAUGAUGGAAACGUAAUUACUGCAGUUCUGAUCUUCCUGAAGAGGACACUGAGCAAAGAGAUCCUCUUCCGAGAGCUGGAAGUGCGACAGGUUGCCUUGAGACAUCUCAUUCACUUCCUUAAAGAAAUAGGGGAUCAAAAGCUGCUUUUAGACCUCUUAAGGUUCCUAGAUAGAACAGAAGAGCUUGCGCUCUCUCAUUACCGUGAGCACUUGAACAUUCAGGACCCUGAGAAACGAAAAGAAUUUCUUAAGACCUGCGUUGGUUUGCCAUUUUCAGCAGAAGAUUCUGCACAUAUUCAAGACCAUUAUACCCUCCUGGAACGACAGAUCAUUAUUGAGGCAAAUGAUCGACAUCUGGAAUCAGCAGGACAGACUGAGAUCUUUCGGAAGCACCCCCGCAAAGCUUCUAUCCUCAACAUGCCAUUAGUGACAACGCUUUUCUACUCGUGCUUCUACCAUUACACGGAGGCUGAGGGGACGUUCAGCAGUCCAGUCAACCUGAAGAAGACAUUUAAGAUUCCAGACAAACAGUAUGUACUGACAGCCCUGGCUGCUCGCGCCAAGCUUCGAGCCUGGCAUGAUGUUGAUGCCCUCUUUACCACGAAGAACUGGCUGGGCUACACCAAGAAGAGAGCACCCAUUGGCUUCCAUCGGGUUGUGGAAAUUUUGCACAAGAAUAGUGCCCCUGUCCAGAUAUUACAAGAGUAUGUUAAUCUGGUGGAAGAUGUGGACACAAAGUUGAACUUAGCCACCAAGUUCAAAUGCCAUGAUGUCGUCAUUGAUACUUGCCGGGACCUGAAGGAUCGUCAGCAGUUGCUAGCGUACAGGAGUAAAGUGGAUAAAGGAUCUGCGGAGGAGGAGAAGAUUGAUGCCAUUCUGAAUAGUUCGCAAAUUCGAUGGAAGAAUUAAGUGGCAUUAGCUACCCUGAAACCUGCCUCAUUUCUUCCUUUCCUGUCUGUGAAAGUAGAGAGUGUCUUCAUUGGGAGUUACAGUACCACACAUCGCUUGGACCCAUCAGCAACAGGCAGCGCCUGCUACUCUUAGGGCAGAAACCAGCGCCUGGGCACAGACAGCUUCAGACUGACCUAAGGAACGUCAUCAAGAGGGCCAAGAUCUAAAGCUUUGACUCAUGAGGAAGAUUCUCUCCACCUGGUGCUCACAUGAAGGUGGGAAUAGUUUCUAGAUUGGGCCCAUAUUGGGCAAGAUCUCACUUGGUCUGGGAAAAAUGACUGCUCAAGAAAGGAAGUUACCAAAAAAAAAAAAAAAAAAGUUACCUAGACUAAGAGGUCAGGUGUCCUAGAGUGGCCACUCCAUUCCUCUCAGCUAAUUAUGACCCUGGACUUGGUGCUGGAUUUUGGCAGUUCUGCUCUGAAGUCAGAAUAGAACCAAAAUGGCUCUCUCCCAAGGGACCUCAGGAAGGGAUGCCAGUAUAGCGGAGACCUGUUGGAGGUGCCUUCACACCAGACUGCAGAGUCCUCCAUGUAAUGACAGAGAUUGCCCAGACGUUUGUGUUUCUUUAACCACUGUCCCUCUGCUGCCCUAGUCUAGCCUCUACUGAGACUUGUGUUUCGUCUCUCACCUACACAUCAAGAUGGCCUGGUGCGGGAGAUAAGGAACUCCCCAUUAUCUUUUCCUCUACUUCUCCUACCCAGACCCAUAAACUUUUAUGAAGCUCAGAUUCAGCAGUGCUGGAGUGCUCUUCCCUUAUACACAAAUCUCAUUUCACUAGGAGCUUCCAGAAGGUUCACCAGGGCUGAACUCAACAGCAUUUCAGACAGGAUAUUAAGAUGGAAGUUUUCAUUUCACACUUGGUUUUCAAUAAGAUCUUCUGUAGUGCUAGCCUCCUGUCCUUUACCAAUAUUAGCCUCUCUUCUGUGACUGAACUGGGUUUUCCUGACAUGCCUAGAUUCAUAAUAAAGCUUUUUCCUUCUUGGUGCCUUCUCUUUCCCUCCUAGUUGUUUUGUGAAGAACAAUGAAAUAAUUGCCCUGUCUCUUGGGACCACUGCGAAUCUGCCUCAGUGACUGCAUUCAGUAGUCUGUCAACAUAAGUCAUGGAGUAACGGUGUUUAUGGCAAAGUAUGGCUGUGCGGUUAACAGGGAGCACUGAGCUGGGAGACAAAAAACCCGGCCUCUUGUCCUAGCUCUACUGUUGAUAAGCUGUGUGAUGUUGGGUGAAUCCCUCUCUUCCUGGACUCACUAUCUUAACCUGUCAUAGGAGGGUAUGUUUCUCUGAGAGCUUAUAGAAUUUUACACUCCUGUGGUUGGAUGAAGUGGUAGAUGAAAAGAUGUAUAGAGGCACAUAGCAUGCUUUAAGGCAUGUGGUUCUCGACUGGGGACAGUUUUGCUCCCAGGAGACCCCUGUCAAAAUCUGGAGACACUUUGCUGCUACAACCAGUGGGUUCUACUAGUAUUUAGUGAGUAGAAGCAAGGAAUGCUGCUAAACAUCCUACAAUUAGGACAGCCCCCUCCAACAAAGAAUUAUCCUGUCAAGAAUGUCAUUAAUGCAAAUGCCGAGAAACUCUGCUUUAAGGUGAUCAGACUUCAUCUCUUAUUCCUCCACUUUGCAAUUCCAGAUACCUUCAUAGUUGUUCCUUCCUUAAGCAUCCCUCUGGCUGUUGAAGAAACAGGAGUUUAAUUUGCUAAAUUGUGCUCAAGUUAUUGGCUGAUCGUCCAACAAACCAUGGUGAUUUUAUUAGUGUAUCAGGGUUCACUCAGAUAUGCGGAAUCACUAAGAGUAUGUCAUCUGUCUAUAUGUGGAAUUCAUUACAUGGAUUUGCCCUUACUCAAGUAUAGCUGUUUGUUAAACAAUCUCUGGAAGUUUGUCUUCAUAACUGGUGGUAGAGCUCCUUAUCCGCAGGGUGGGCAGUGGGGAAGGAAAGAUAGAUAAAAUGUGAGGGAAAGCAAGGACAAGAUGGAGCCCAGGAGGAUGGAGAGGAGCCCAUGUCAGUUCUCACUACCCUCAAUGUCAAGGAAGUGGGUGUCCUGAAGGCAAAGCUAGCUGGUGGCCUUUGUCAAGGAACUGAACACAAACCUGGCCCAAGAGUGUGAGAAGCUGUAGGAGGAUCCGGGGGAAGUUGUAGCAAUUGUAGGUCCAACUGCUGCUGCACACCAACAGGGUCACUAGCAGACAGAAUACCUGCCCUGACCUUGCAAGCAUCAACACAAACUGGAUGCUGCUUCAAUUCAAACUUCCAGGUCUUGCACAAAAGUCUCUUACGGCACACCCUAACUGGAAACAUUCAGGGAAGGGUGUUCUGGAAAAUGUAGUUCAGCCUAGCCAACUUGACAUGUUACAAAGCUACAACCACUGGAUCUGCAUUUUUGAGAAUGUAUUAGUGAAGGAUGGACCUAGAGUCCACACCUGUACAGGUUAACCGGUGCUGCAUGGUCGUGCUGAGCAGGGAGGUUUUGAACUUCUCUUUUCUUCAGAACAAUAACAUCACAUGCAACAUUAGGAUUACCUACUCAAUGUUGUGAUCAAAGGAAGUGUUUUCUCAGAUUUGAUAAGAACUUCCAUGCUCUUUACUUCAAGUGCUAAGAUUGAGUGACAUAAGAGCCCUCCUUUGAUGGUCAACUAAUCUUUGACAAAGCCGGAAAAUAUCCAACAGGAGAAAGAAAGUCUCUUCAACAAAUAGUAUUGGGAAAACUGGACAGUGAUGUGCAGAAGAAUGAAACUGAGCCACUUUCUAAUACCAUACACAAAAAUAAAUUCAAAAUGGAUGAAUGACCUAAAUGUAAGACAUGAUACCAUCAAAAUCCUAGAGGAGAAAACGGGCAGCAACCCCUUUGACCUUGGCCACAGCAAGAUGUGACCAGGCAUAUCUCUGGAGGCAAGGGAAACAAAAGCAAAAAUGAACUAUUGGGACUUCAUCAAGAGAAAACGCUUCUGCACAGCAAAGGAAACUAAAUCAAAAGGCAACCAGUGGAAUAAGAAGAUAUCUGCAAAUGACAUAUUGGAUAACAGGUUAGUAUCCUAAAUCUAUAAAGAACUUAUCAAACUCAACACCCAAAAAACAAUCCAGUUAAGAAAUGAGCAGAAGACAUGAAUAGACCUCUUUCCAAAGAAGACCUCCAGAUGGCUAUUAGACACAUGAAAAUAUGCUCAAUGUCAUUCAUCAGGGGAAUACAAAUCAAAACCACAAUGAGAUACCACCUUACACCUGUCAGAAUGCCUAAAAUUAACAACUGAGGAAGCAACAAGUGUUGGCAAGGAUGUGGAGAAACGGGAACCUUUGUGCACUGUUGGUGGAAAUGCAAACUGGUGCAGCCACUCUGGAACACACUAUGGAGAUUACCCAGAAAGUUAAAAAUAGAACUAACCUAUGACCCAGCAAUUAUACUACCAGAUAUUUAUCCGGAGGGUUAGAAAUGCUCAUUUGAGGGGGCACAUGCACCCUAAUGUUUAUGGCAGCAGUAUCAACAGUAGCCAAAUUAUAGAAAGAACCCAAAUGUCCAUCAGCUGAUGAAUGGAUAAAGAAGAAGGUGUGCAUAUAUAAUGGAAUAUUACUCCAUGAUCAAAAAGAAUGAAAUCUUGCCAUUUGCAACAACAUGAGUAGAACCUAGAAUGUAUUAUACUGAGAUAAGUCAGAGAAAGACAAAUGAUUUCACUCAUAUAUGGAAUUUAAGAAACAGAACAGCUGAACAUAGGGGAAGGGAAGGAAAAAUAAGAAAAAUGGAGAGAGACAAACUAUAAAAGACCUUUACUAUAGGGAACAAGCUGAGGGUUGCUGGAGGGGAGGUAGGUGGAGGAUGGACUAAAUGGAUGAUGGGCAUUAAGGAGGGCACUUGUUGGGAUGAGCACUGGGUUUAUAUGUGGGUGAUGAAUCACUGGAUUCUGCUCCUGAAACCAGUGCUGCCCUGUAUGUUAGCUAAUUUGAAUUUAAGUUAAAAAUAAAAUUAAAAACAGCCCUGCUAUGAAAGGGAUUAGAGAAGCUAGAGACGGGAUCCCUGGGUGGCGCAGCAGUUUGGUGCCUGCCUUUGGCCCAGGGCGCGAUCCUGGAGACCCGGGAUCGAAUCCCACGUCGGGCUCCCGGUGCAUGGAGCCUGCUUCUCCCUCUGCCUGUGUCUCUGCCUCUCUCUCUCUCUCUCUCUGUGACUAUCAUAAAUAAAUUUUAAAAAUUAAAAAAAAAAAAAGAGAAGCUAGAGACAUGAAAUGUUGCUUAUAUGGUUCCAUGUACAUGGAACAUCCAGAAAAGGUAAAUCCACAGAGACAGAGACAAGAAGCAGAUUUGUGGCGCCAGGGGCUGAGGAGGGUGGUGGGCAAGUGGGGAGUGACUGCUUAAUGCAUAUGGGGUUUCCUUUGAUCAGGAAGAUAAAAAUGUUUUGGAGAUAGAAGUCGUGGAUAUGAGUGUAUUGUGAAUGUACUGAAUUGUUCACUUCUAAAUGGCUAUGUUAUGUGAGUUUUACCUCUUUUUUUUUUUUUUUAAUUUAAAAAGUGGAUUAGAGUGUUGCCUCGCUGUUUCAGUCCAUAGAGUGACUCUUGAUCUCAGGGUCCUGAGUUCGAGCCCCACAUGGAGUGUAGAGAUUACUUUCCAAAAAGGUAGAUUUCAGUAGUUUUGAUUUCUGUUACCAAUUUUGCCAUUGCUAUAAUAAAAUAAAGUUCUGAAUA